UUUUUAAAAAUAAAUGGUAAAAAUGAGAACUUUUGGUUGGAAUAUUAUACCCUAAAAUUGAUUUUGGUUUUGUAUAAUUUAACAAAAAAGAAGAAGAAAAGGGUAAACGAUGAACUCUUCAGCUAUGGGUUGUUCCUUCUGAAUCUUACAUUUCUUCCAUCUGUAAUUAAAAGCAAAAAAAACUGUGGACUGAGGAGGAAGACGAAGAGCAUUUGUGGAAGAUGGGAACAUUGGGAAAGGCAAUCUACACUGUCGGAUUCUGGAUCCGAGAGACCGGCCAAGCCCUCGAUCGUCUUGGUUGCCGCCUUCAAGGGAAUUACUACUUUCAAGAACAACUAUCUAGGCAUAGGACACUCAUGAACAUAUUUGACAAGGCUCCCGUGGUCGACAAGGAUGCAUUUGUGGCACCUAGUGCAUCUAUCAUUGGUGAUGUGCAGGUGGGACGAGGGUCCUCUAUUUGGUAUGGGUGUGUUUUGAGAGGUGAUGUUAACAGCAUCAGUGUUGGUUCCGGAACUAACAUACAAGACAACUCUUUAGUUCAUGUAGCAAAAUCCAAUUUAAGUGGAAAGGUUUUACCAACUAUCAUUGGAGACAACGUUACUGUUGGUCACAGUGCUGUGUUACAUGGAUGUACUAUUGAGGAUGAGGCAUUUGUGGGGAUGGGAGCCACAUUGCUUGAUGGGGUGUACGUAGAAAAGCAUGCAAUGGUUGCUGCUGGAGCACUUGUGAGGCAGAAUACACGAGUCCCAUGUGGAGAGGUUUGGGGAGGCAAUCCAGCAAAAUUCCUGAGGAAGCUUACAGAAGAAGAGAUGGUCUUUAUCUCCCAGUCAGCCAUAAAUUAUUCCAACUUAUCACAGGUUCAUGCAGCCGAAAACGUAAAGAGCUUUGAUGAAAUUGAACUUGAAAAGGUUCUUCGCAAAAAGUUUGCUCGCCGGGAUGAAGAUUAUGAUUCAAUGUUGGGUGUUGUUCGUGAAACCCCCCCAGAGCUUGUCCUUCCAGAUAACAUAUUGGCUGACAAAGUAGCAAAGUCCUCGUAAGACAAAUUUCUAAUGUAGGUAACCAACCACAUAAGAUUCUUCCCCUUUGAAAUGUUGUGCUGAUAUUCAUAAAAGACACAACCUUCAUCUCAAAUAAUAUAUGGAGGUUGGAUGAAAGAGUGAACUGAAUGCCAUUAAUCACGGACAAUGUCCAAUGGCCACAGCUCUAUUCAAUCCUCUCUAAAACCCCAUUUUUCAUUAUCUUGAGAAAUCAGGCACAGUUAGUCAGACAUCAUAACUUUCGAUGAUUUGAUCAUCUUGUAGCCAUCCUUGGAUCUGUUUCCCAGGUUUUGAACAUUUUGCUGUUACUUUUUGGAAAUAAAGAACAAUGGAAACAUGUGUAUUUUCACUUCAA